AUGCGGGCCUUUAUGACGACCCUAUUGCCAGAUGCGAAUUCUUGCGGUCUGGCGCGUGCGCGCGGGACGGUAAGCGUGUGUGCGGCACGCGUAGAGGUAAAUCCGCACGUUUGGGUUAACAUUAUGCUACAAUACAGGCAACGCUCUCUUUCUGGAAGAUCGAUAGGUCGGAUCUUAUUUCGUAGCCGUACUUGCAGCAGACAAGCCCUAGCCUAACCUCCAAACCUAAUCCGAACCCCCAACCGCUAACCACUUAUCCCUAAUCCCAAACCCCAACCCUAGCCCCUAGUCCCAACCCCCAACAUCAAACCCUAACCCGAAAGGGGCACUGCUACGAAAUAGGGCCUUGCCCCGUCGGCUAGAUCUUGGAAAAUUAACGGUAAAUGUAAGAAUUACAGCUAACCAGAUGUCUGCAGAAGGUCGGAAGAGCUGCUACAGUCAUCCAAAAGGUUGGUUAACCCCUAACUCCAACUUCUUACCUGUAACCCCUUAUCCCAACCCCUAACCCCAAAAAUUAACCCUGAACUCUAACCGCAACCCUUAAUCCCAACCCCUAACCCUGAACUCUUACCGCAAUCCCUAACCCGAACCCCUAACUCCAACCGCCAACCGCUUACCCCUAACCCAAAUCCUUAAACCUAGCCUCUAGUCCCAACCCCUACCCCCUUAACCUGAGGCCGAACCCCUAAGGGGCACGGCUACCAAAUAAGAUUUUGCUGACGGAUGUUUCCUACAAACCAAGUGGGUCAGCAUGUAGAAACACAGAGACCUGGCUCUUGGAAGUUUGGGAAAGUAACGAUAAAUGUAAAAUUACCGCUAACAAGAUUUUGGCAGAAGGCAGGAAACGUUGCUACAGCCAUCCAAAGGUUUGGUUAACCUGCCGCCUUUGUCACUCAUGUCGGAGCCGUGGUACUCCAAUGCUACGUGAAUAUUAUUUCAUUCAUUUUAAAUAAGUCUUUGAAACUUUUAAACUAACGUUUUUUUGACAACCUCAAACAUCUGAGAAUUCCCCUAUUGCAACUGAGCUAUUUUGGCAGAGGUAAAUUUUAACGUGACCGAGGGGUAGGUCUUUUUUCAUAUCAAGCGCUUGAAAAAGUGAUUGGUUUUGUUGACGAUAUUUUUACAAUUUUCUGAUCAGCAGACAGUGGACUGUUAUUCAGGAUACAGAAGUCUCGAACACGAUGCGUUUUGGGUACGUAUGUCCCUGUAGCAUUCAUGUUAAAUGCUUUCCUCCGGUGAGCUUUGCUUGAAGACUGUGGACCUUUAGUUGGCAUUAUCGACACUGUCGAUCUUCGACACGACAGUCUACCUGACGACUUUCCGAUAAACCUUACAUCUAUUUGGGAUAAGAGCCGAAAUUUUGUUUCUUGCCGGUAAAAGCGGUCAUCAUGCCGAAGCUUAGACGAAUGAAAUAAGUUUGAUGGAGUCGUGAAGGGCAUAUUCGUUAGGAUUUUCGAUGAAGAAACCAGUAGGGGUAUUGAAACAGUGUGUUCGGGGGGGUGACCUGCUGACUUAUUUGUGAAAAAGCAGGGUGAGAGGGAGAGAGAGAGAGAGAGAGAAAGAGAACGAGGAAACGUCCUUCAGUCGUAGCGUCCGAAGCAAAUAUAGCGAGACUUACGUUGAGGCAUUUUCCCUAUUCGAACAUGUCGCGGCGUGCAAAAGAAGGGGACCCAGUAUAGGACACAAUCUGAUUACCGAUUCACGAUAUGAGCCGCCGUGAUCACGCUCCACGGCUUGUUUAAAAACUUAGACUAAUCUGUUCGGUCGCAUUCGCGGGCGUCCGUUUGAGGUUUGAGGACAUCUUUGUCUUCUCAUUAUUCAUAGUUUGCAAGACAGGACCGACCCAAUUCGUGCCCCUGUUCGGCUUCAUAACUGGUCGAUCGGAUUCUCAGUUAAUGGUCCAAACGAGAACUCGUCCUCUAGCAGCUAAUCAGUGGGAGCAUUAGUUCGCAUUCUACAUUAUCCGACAUGAUGGUUCGUUAGUUGAUUUUUCAGUGCAUUCUGCCUGGGCCGGAGGGGGUCGCAAUUAUUGUCUCAAAAUAUUUAUGCAGACAUCGGUCAGCGAGACGUUGAUUUAAGCAUCAUUCGGACACCACUCACAUAGGAAAUUCUGUAUCUACGUCUAAGGUACUUUGACAAAAGAGUAGUGUUGCCAACCAGAACAGUAGUCUGGGUUGUGCUUACAUGUUCUACUGUCUGAUUACAGUCGUGAUCCGGUUGGAGUUCCUUAAACCCGUGAGUUUCAAAAGACGGCCAUCUAUGUAAAAUUAACAAGCUACCGACCAGAUUUCAGUAGUAUACAAAUACUGCAUUAUUAAUCAGACGGGCAGCAAAGGCCGAUGGCCGCGUAUUUCAUCGUUAUCGCCCCGUUUGAGAAGACUUGCUCAUGCAAGGCGAAAAAUUCCAUUGCUUUUAUGUAUAAUGUGUAGUCGCGGUGAUAUUCAUUCCAAAUUGCCGUGUACUUUAGCUCCUGGAAUAGCAGUAUCAAGUGGACACACUUGAAAUUUCUUAACCACUCUUCCUACCUUAUCUAUCUGAUUGCCUACUACUUAAACACUGCAGAAAAAUACAGGAGACUAAAUGCAUUGCUUCGUACCUUAGGAAUCAGUAUGGCGGACACGUAACGUUUCACCAUCUCCUCUGAUUGUCCAGGUGGGAACAAUUCUUUCCAUAAGUCUAUGCAGUACUGGUUUUUUGAAAACGUCUGUGAAGACGCCUGGUUGAUCCAAUGUCGUUUCUCUUUUAGCCCCCAACGACACCCACGUGCCAUAGGUUCUACUCACAAAAAAACGUGAAGGUAAUAAUCUUUGGUGCAAUUCAGUAUGUGUGUGUGCGCGCCUGUCGCGCGCUCUCAUCACCCUUUGUGAGGAAUUCGAGAGGAAUUCGCUUUAUUUUGAAAUCACAAGUUUAAAAUUUUCAGCAAAAAAUUGCCCCCAUCCACUAUGGGCAGUAAAUAAGUUAAUAUAUUACCCACGAGUUAAAAAGUUUAACACAAAAGGGAUGAUUAUUAUGGAGACAGUUAUAGUCUUAACUUCUGUAUUUCUACUCCUUCACACGUAAGAGAGCUCGCCAGGAAGGACAAUACGGAAGCUCGAAAAGCUGAUGUGCGACAAAACACAAGUCGAAAGCUGCGGCGCAGCGGGCAGAAAAACUUGGUGGAAAUAUGAUUAGAAUGCAAGGAAUGGGUAACGUCAUCUAUAAUCCGAUCUGCAAAUCGUUUGACCGUAUUGAAAUGUCGUUGAAGUAUAGUGUCGACGAAAAAGGAUAGGAAACACCAGCAGCAGAAGAGAGCAUUUGGAGGACUCGUUUUAAAAUUAAAAAAUCUUUUUUAACAAAGCAGGAAAAACGAGAGGAGAGCAAUAUAGGAUAAGAGGAAGAAUGCAGGCAUCAAUGAUUCGUCAGACUAAGGGUUGAGGUGUGUGGUAGGAACGUAAACGACGAAUGUAAUAUAGAAGUUUACGAACUUCAGUAAUUUGG